GUGAAGAGGCCCUAGAUAGAACAGAAACAAUGGAGUGAAAAGCAUUUGCUGCUAUCUUUGACUUGAUCUGCCCUCGCUUUGGAAGUGGCCGUGUGCUUGUGAAAUUUUUGCUAAAUGCAGGAGUUGGAAUGUCUCUGACCUUGCUGUUCAUGAUGCCAAUCAAGGGAGACCUCGGUACUGUCAAAUUGUCAUAUUGCCGCCAACAGGAAAUGGCUUCUACUGUCAUUUUUUCAUGUCAAAUCCCACAGCAGACCAUCUGCUCCAAAAUAGCAUCUAGCAUCAAGCCAGGCUACAUGCCAUUUAAACGAUCAUCUCAGAAAAACACAAAGAUACAGCAGUAUCAAAUCGGCUUCAGAAGGCAGACUCGAAGGUGCAAAUUUCCCGUGCCAUCAGCUUCAGAUAGUGAAGAUAUUACAUUAAAUCAGCUAUCUGCAGCAAGUCUGAUCAAGCAGUUCUUUGCGUGUAUUAAUGAAAAAAAAUUGAAGGAACUAGAUGAGUAUAUUUCAGAUGACUGUUGCUUUGAAGACUGUUCCUUCGUUUCUCCACUACAAGGGAAAAAGGUUGUCUCUUUAUCUUUCCCACCAAAUUACAAAACAUGCAUUUCUUACUUUCUGCAAGAAACUCUAACAAACCACAAUGAAUUGCUACAGGAAAUUAUGCAUUUCUAUCAACUGCUUACUACAGGCAUGGGCCAUAAUGUGAAGUUCAACAUUGAACAUGUUUGUGAAGAUGAUGAAUUUACAGCAGGAGUAAAUUGGCACAUGGAAUGGAAAACGAGACAGAUACCUUUCACCAGGGGAUGCAGCUUUUACGAAUGCUCACAAGAAGGGGACAGACUAGUUAUCAAGAAAGCUCGGGUUGUGGUCGAAUCACCUAUAAAACCAGGAGGCAUGGUGCUGGUUCUGUUAAAAAAUGUGACUGGAAUGUUCGAUGAUUUCCCAAAGUUUGCAGAUUGGUUCCUAAAGAGUCCUCAUGUCAUAGUGCAAUUCUUUAUGAAGAUUUACUCUAGACUUUAUGCACCUAUUAUCAAUCCACUUCUAUCAGGGUACAUCAGGAUUUGGAAUUUCGUGGCUCGAUUAUUUGCCUUGGCACUAAACAUCCUACUCCACAUUCAUAAGAAAUACUUUCAGUAAGAGAACACUUACUAAGGUUCUUAUGUACAUAAAAUCUAUAGCUUUGCAUCAUCAGUCAGUUAUCGUCACCAUCAUCAUGGUUCGGCAACAUUUGGAACAGUGAGAGAGCAACCAGCGGUCCAAAAACAGGUGGGAGUGGCGGAGGUCUACUAAAGGCAACAAUUGGAUCUGCCUUCUCACCGAAAAGUCGUCUUUCUUCAGCAAAAUCAUGAUUUUCUUGUUUCUUCGGAGUUGAAGUAGCCACGGUGCCUAGUUUUAAGAGGAUUCACUGUUAGAAGUUGCAAGUUCUUGAAUUUAUAUAAUUAGAACAAUAACAAAAAGAUGGGAUAUGAUAUAACAUAUUACCCCAUGAUCCCGAAGCAGGGAAGACUUGUUUCAAUUUGUAUUUCACAGGUAAUAAUGCAGCUAUUCCACGCAUUUAAGCAAA